GCAUAAAAAUAGAGGGAACCCGCUGCCCGCACCAUUCCAAUCGGGUUCGCUCCUUUCUCCGUCUCUUCUUCCUCUUCUCCUUGCGUAAGCGAGUCGGUGGCCUUGCGAAUUGUCCCCAAAUCCCUAAUUUCCUCCCUGAAAUCACCGCGAUCGAUUUGGGCGAACGACCUUCUUUGAAGGCUCCCCAGGAUUAACCAGGUACGCUUCUUGAAAUUCUACGCCCAGAUAGUCUGGCUCUUCUGGUUCCAUAGCUCCUGAUUUCGUUGAAUUUGAUUCUGAGUAAGGACUCGUAUCUUAAUUUAUGGUUGAAUUGGUUAGCAUCCAGAUCCAUUAUUAUCACGCAAUGGAGCCAGGAAUAUAGAUCCGUCUUUUCUAUUUGCUUCAAUGUAUAGAAAUUUGCCUACGUUGUGUAGUGCGGCCCACUGCUCUUGUUUGAGCAUUGGGGAUAGGGCAACAGGCACUUACUGGUGGGCGAGAUAGUUGGUAUUGGUUGACCCUUUAUCUUAUCAGACGCGGAAUGGUGCGAGGAAGUUUGGGGAUUGUUAGGAAUUGGGAUACAAUUGAAUUUGCUCAUAAAAACAUUGGGGUUCUCGCUGAUUCCAGAAGCAAAUUUAUAUCCACUCCUCCCAUCAGAGCGAUUGGCAAGUUUGUACUUCGAUGAUGUAUUGGCUUGAAGCCAUUGAUGUACGUUAUAGAAAAGUUUCCCCAUUUGAGUAGUGAAUAAGGAAGUACGAUAGUUUUUGUUGUUGUUGUUGGUCUAUGUUCUAUCAUCAAAAUGGUUCAGGUACAUCAAAUCGUACUUUCUUAUGCAGCUGCAAGCCAAUACAUCAUCAAAACUAUCGUGGCUUGUUUAAAAUGGUCCAGGUAUUAAAUUUGCAGCUGCAUAAGGAAGUACGAUAGUUUUUGUUGCUGUUGUUGAUCUAUGUUCUAUUACACUGCUUCUUAAUGUCAAAACAUGCUAAUGUGCCUACUUUAGUUUAAAAUUAUAGAAAUCGGUGUAUUGUUUCUGUAUGUGCCUAAAUGUCUGCAAAGCUUAUUGUCAGACAGUGAACCAGAAAUCCCUGUAAAGAGUCCGACUGUCUAAGCAGUGAUGGAUAAACAAACGCCUCCUACUCUUUUCGUUAAUGAUGGUUCAUUCAUGGAGAGGUUCAAACAACUUCAGCAAGAGAAUGGGGAGCACAAGGAGAAAGACAAGGGCAUAGCUGAAAAGGAGUCUAAACCCAAAACAAUUUUCUCUGGGACUGUGACUCCUAAACCUGCUGCUGUUAAAAUAAGCAUGCAGCUUAAGGGUAGUGAUGGGCGCAAUAGCCUACAGUCAGCUUCUGGUGGGAAACUUGCUUUCAGUUUGAAACAGAAGUCAAAGAUUGUGUCUCCUGCAGUCAAGUUGGAUGAAGAAGAUGACGAGGAAGCAGAAGGUGGAACUGGUUUAAGUGAUGCACCAUCUAAAAGACAGAAAUUGGGGCAAAUGGAUGCCUCUGAAAAAUUAUCGAGACAAGAGGGUGUUGCCCCAACUUCCCCAAGUGACCCUACAGUGAAGAAAGUUGCAGACAAAUUAGCAAGUUUUGUUGCCAAAAAUGGCAGGCAGUUUGAGGAUGUCACUCGUCAGAAGAAUCCAGGGGAUACCCCAUUUAAAUUUCUGUUUGAUAAAGCAUGUCCGGACUACAAGUAUUAUGAGUUCCGACUUGCUGAAGAGGAAAAGGUUCUUGCCAUGACUAGGGAUUAUGACAAACAUGCUGGGGCUACUAGCAUGUCAGUGUCAAAUUCCACAGUCAGUUCUCAUAGAUCACAUCAGAAGCAACCAAAUUAUCAAAUCCCUGCUUCAGCUUUGUACGGAGCUGCUGAAGACCCUAGGAAUUCUUUAGAACAUGCAGGAGAAUCUACUGCACCACCGGGUACUGAUCCCAUUGCAAUGAUGGAGUUCUACAUGAAGAAAGCUGCUCAUGAAGAGAAGAGGAGGCAGCCUAAACAGUCCAAGGAUGAAAUGCCACCACCGGCUUCCCUUCAAGGUCCAGGCCCUUCCAAGAAAGGUCAUCACAUGGGUGAUUAUAUCCCUCCGGAAGAGCUUGCGAAGUUCAUGGCUAACUGCAAUGAUGCUGCUGCCCAAAAAGCUGCUAAGGAGGCUGCCGAAAGAGCACGAAUUCAGGCCGACAAUGUUGGGCAUAGGUUGUUGUCCAAAAUGGGCUGGAGAGAAGGUGAGGGUCUGGGCAGCUCAAGAAGUGGUAUGGCUGAUCCAAUUAUGGCCGGGAAUGUAAAGAAGGACAACUUGGGUGUUGGAGCUCAGCAGCCUGGUGAAGUGACGCCUGAAGAUGAUAUCUAUGAGCAGUACAAGAAGCGAAUGAUGCUCGGUUAUCGUCAUAGGCCCAACCCUCUGGGGAACCCUCGGAAAGCAUAUUAUUGAGAGGCAAAAACCUGCUAUCGUGACAGUUGAAUGAAGAACAAGAAUGUUGUCUCAAGAGCUUGCCUUUGAUGACAAAUACUACGUCAUGCCAGUAAUUUGACUGAGUGCUGUUUACUAAUUUUGUUGCGCGUGUAAGUUUUUUUGUGCUGAAAGUGAAGCCUCUUUUGCUGCAACUUCCAGAUCACUAUUGGAAUGGGGAUUUGCGAGAUAUAGUAUAACAGUAUUGUUUUAUAUUCACAGAACCUAUUCCAAUGUUCUUGAAAACAGUAAUAUGGAUGCCACAGGAGGAAUUGAUUCUACGUUUGUAUACCGAAGGCUGAUAACAACGGAAAAGUGCCCUAAGGAAUAAGGGUAUAACAUAACUAUUCUCUUCUAUCCCUUCUCUUGGGAUAGCAGUAGCACAGCUGGUCGUUCUUCCAUGUAACUUGGAGUAUGUGGUUGUCUGCCUCUGACCCUACAACAACAAAUCACCAGCCAGAAUAUCGGAAAAGGUGUGAUUUUGAUUCUUUUUCCACAAGAGCAGCAUGGGUCGGUUAGCAUGCUAAACUCCCUUAGCGGUUGGAAAAAUGACACCCCCUUAGUAUAUUAAAUACAACUAUAGAAUUUAAUACACACAUUAAAUACACAUUAGGAAUUAAAUGCACCAUAUUAAUUAUUUGUUUUUUUUUCAAAUUAAAACCUACACUAAAUACAUUUUCUCUCACUAUAUUUGAUUUUUCCUUUUUCAGCAGUCUCCGACCACUAGACUUCCUCCGACCGCCACACUUCUCCGGUGAAAAUCCCAUCGGCAGACUCCCUCCGACCACCUCCAAAAAAUAUACCACUGCACUGAUACUUUGUACCACUGUACUGGUAGAUAUACCACUGCACUGGUAGCGAUAUCAAUGCACUGGUACCAAUGUCAUAUCUGAGUAUCAGUGCAGUGGUACAAAUACCAGUAAACUGGUACAACAUAUCAGUGCAGUGGUAUAUUUUUGCAUGUGACCGGAGAGAGUUUGUCGGCGGAUUUUACCGGCGAAGUGUGGUGGUCGGAGGAAACUUGGUGGUCGGAGGCUGCUCGGAAAGGAAGAAUCAGAGAUAGGAGUGAGAAAGAUCAAAGAUGAGAGAGAGAAAUGUAUUUUGUAUAUGUUUAGAUUUUUUUAAAAACAAGUAAUUAAUGUGCUGUAUUUAA